AUGGCUUUGCUCAGCGCGGUAUCUGCGGUAUUUGUAGUCGCCUUCUUAGCGAAGGGUACCCACUCACAGUUAGAUGUGUGUGGUCAGCCCCCCCUCAACACCAGGAUAGUGGGGGGUCAGGACGCCCCUCCUGGUGCCUGGCCCUGGCAGGUCAGCUUGCACAGAUCUGGCAGCCAUUUCUGUGGUGGCUCCUUAAUCAACAAGGACUGGGUGCUGUCAGCAGCUCAUUGUUUCCCCUUCCUCAGCGUUUCAGCUUCAGAAGUCACCGUCUUCCUGGGUCGUCAGACUCAGGAGGGAUCCAACUCAAAUGAGGUGUCAAGAACAGUCUCUCAGAUCAUCAGUCACCCCAACUAUAGCUCUGUCACCAGUAACAAUGACAUUGCUCUGCUGCGUCUCAGCGCGUCUGUAACUUUCACUAACUACAUCAGACCGGUUUGUCUGGCUGCAGCAGACAGCACCUUCUACAAUGGCACUGACAGCUGGGUCACGGGUUGGGGAGACAUUGCAGAUGGCGUCUCCCUUCCCUCACCUCAGACUUUACAGGAAGUGGAAGUGCCAGUGGUGGGAAACAGACAGUGUAACUGUCUCUAUGGUGUUGGCUCAAUCACAGACAACAUGAUCUGUGCUGGAUUAUUAGCAGGAGGGAAGGACUCCUGUCAGGGAGACUCAGGAGGACCAAUGGUGAGUAAACAGGGCUCUCGCUGGAUCCAAUCAGGCGUUGUGAGCUUUGGGAGAAGCUGUGCCCUAGCUAACUUCCCUGGAGUGUACGCCAGAGUGUCCCAGUACCAAGACUGGAUCAACUCUCAGAUCAGCACUGACCAGCCCGGCUUUGUCACAUUUACCUCCAGUGGCACUGAUGGGGAUUUGAGUGUGAGCUGCACUGGCCUUCCUGCUAUCACCACCACCAGUCCACCUACAACCACUGCAGCCCGUAACAGCACAGCGACAAACAGCAACAGCACUAGCAACAGCACCAUGUGUGGUCAGCCCCCCCUCAACACCAGGAUAGUGGGGGGUCAGGACGCCCCUGCUGGUGCCUGGCCCUGGCAGGUCAGCUUACACAGAUCUGGCAGCCAUUUCUGUGGUGGCUCCUUAAUCAACAAGGACUGGGUGCUGUCAGCGGCUCAUUGCUUUCAAAGCAUUACAGCUCCACAGGUCACCGUCUACCUGGGUCGUCAGACUCAGCAGGGACCCAACUCAAAUGAGGUGUCCAGAGCAGUCUCUCAGAUCAUCAGUCACCCUGACUAUAGCUCUCUCACCAGUGACAAUGACAUUGCUCUGCUGCGUCUCAGCGCGUCUGUAACUUUCACUGACUUUAUCAGACCAGUUUGUCUGGCUGCAGCAAACAGCACCUUCUUCAAUGGCACUGACAGCUGGGUCACGGGUUGGGGAGACACUGCAGAAGGCGUCUCCCUUCCCUCACCUCAGACUUUACAGGAAGUGGAAGUGCCAGUGGUGGGAAACAGACAGUGUAACUGUCUGUAUGGUGUUGGCUCAAUCACAGACAACAUGAUCUGUGCUGGAUUAUUAGAAGGGGGCAAAGACUCCUGUCAGGGAGACUCAGGAGGACCAAUGGUGAGUAAACAGGGCUCUCGCUGGAUCCAAUCAGGCGUUGUGAGCUUUGGGAGAGGCUGUGCCCAAGCAAACUUCCCUGGAGUGUACGCCAGAGUGUCCCAGUACCAAGACUGGAUCAACUCUCACAUCACCACUGACCAGCCCGGCUUUGUCACAUUUACCUCCAGUGGCACUGAUGGGGAUUUGAGUGUGAGCUGCACUGGCCUGCCUGCUAUCACCACCACUACAACCACUACCACUAUAACCACUCCCACCACUUCAACCACCCCCACCACUACAACCACUACAACCACUCCCACCACUACAACCAUUGCUACUACAACCCCUGCCACCACUACAUCCCCGGUGGUCUGCGGCAGUGCCUCUAGGAACAAUGUUGGUACCGGGAGCAGCAGCUCUGUAGCUAGUGCAGGCGUUUGGCCAUGGAUGGCCAGUCUGCAGCGAGGAGGCAAACACGUAUGUGGAGGUACACUGGUCGCCGAACAGUUCGUUCUGAGCUCUGCUGACUGCUUCUCCAGCUCCACCAAUGCUUCAGAAUGGACCGUGUUCCUUGGCCGUCUCAAUCAAAAUGGUUCCAACCCUAACGAGGUCUCUCUGAGGGUCAACAACAUCACACUGAGUAACAUGACAGGCAACAAUGUGGCUGUUCUGGAGCUGGCCAGCAAACCCACACUCUCAGACUUCAUACAGCCCAUCUGUGUGGACCUGGGAACAGAGACCUUCUCCACAGGAACACAGUGCUGGAUUGUGGGCUGGGGUGCAGAACAAGGAGGAGUUGAACAAACCCUUCAGCAAGUCCAGACUUCUGUGGUGGAUUGUGGGAAUUCAUCCUCUACAGAGAAUAUUUGCACUGGUUUGGUGGAUUUUCAGCAGGGUGAUGCUGGUGGCCCUUUGAUGUGUAAACAGGGUGUGGCAUGGUUCCAGGCUGCAGUUUUGACUGUCGCUAACAGCACCUCAAACAGCAGCGGUAGCAGUAACAGUACAAGUCGCUCAAAUGUUGUUCCUCGUGCAGACAUCCAGGUCUUCAGCCGAACUUCUCGCUAUAACAACUUUCUGGACAACACUGUGGGCAGCUUCCCUCCACGAGCCUCCAACAGCACAUCUUCUAACACCACAGCCUUUAACACCACAACAGUAACUUCUCCACCUGUGGGAGCCAGUACUCCUGUUGUCCAGCGGUUGCAGCGUUUACAGUCCACUGUGCAGCCUGGAUCGGAGGAGGCUGUUCUGGCUUUUCCUCCUAAUUCUGCUCUUCCAGGGGAUUUGAGAGGCAUGUUUAUGGGGAAAACCCCCAUCAAGAUUCAGUUUCCUUGCUUUGGUAGGAAGGAAGAUGAUCCUGACCCUUUAAGAUUUCUGGAAAAUUGUAAUGAUUAUCUUGCUUUGAAUCAUCUGCAUGAUGAUGAAAUCAUUGCCACGUUACGGAAUGUACUCUUCGGCACUGCCCGAGAUUGGUGGGAUGUUGCUCGUGAAAACAUUACCAGCUGGGCGGAGUUUGAAACUCGUUUCCUUUCUGCUUUCCUCUCGGAGGACUAUGACGAUGAGCUGGCCGAGAGAGUUCGGACCAGAGUCCAAGGAGAGACAGAGUCUGUCCGGGACUUUGCUUUCAGCUACCGUGCCCUGUGCAAGAGGUGGAAACCUGGGAUCACCGAACCCAAAAUUGUCAAACUCAUCUUAAAAAACAUCACUCCUCGUCUGGCCAGUCAGCUCCGGGGUAGAGUUAAAGAUGUGGAGGAACUGGUCAGACUGGGCACUCAGCUGGAGAAAGACUGGGGACCUGAAAAAGGGAAGAGAGGAACACAAGGACACGAGCAUAACGUUUCGGAUAAAAAGGGAGGAGUGAAUGCUGCCAUAAGGCCAGAGGCCUCAGGAACCCCUCUUAUGACCCAAGCAAAAGAGGCAUCGUCUCCCUCUGCAUGUCUUAUACCCAUACCUCGUCAGCUUCUGGUUCCUGUGUCUAUCCGCCAAUGGAUAGGAAAAGCCAUUGUAGAUACGGGAGCUACUUAUACCCUCAUGCAAGAGUCCCUCUGGAGAAAAAUGGUGUGCUCACAGGAGAAAUUGAGACCCUGGGUUGAAGGACCGUUGUACUUGGCCAAUGGAGAAGCCACCAAUCCAUUGGGUUGGGUAGAUCUAAACAUUCAGCUCCAUGGCCUGGCUGUCUCCCUUCCUGUGGCAAUUCUUCCCGCUUCAUGCCUUGCCUUUGCUGUGGUCCUAGGUUUGGAUUUUAUGCAUUUUAGUGGCCUUAGACUCUGUGUCAGAGAUCAGACUUACUACCUGCCUUCAGCUCCUUCUUUCCCUUUUCCCUUCCAGCCUGAAAAUGAUGCAUACCCCUUGCCUACCAUCCAGGAGAUCCUUGAUUCGUUAACAGGAGCCACCAUCUUUACCAACCUGGAUCUUAACAGUGGCUACUGGCAGGUGGCCAUGGAUCCUCUUAGUAAACCCAUGACUGCAUUUGUCACUCCCACCACCAUUAAGUUUUUGGGACACAUUGUCACCCCCCAGGGUAUACAACCGGAUCCAGAUAAGAUUGCGGCCGUAAUGAAUUUCCCCACACCAACCUCUCUUAAAGAGGUUCAACGCUUUUUAGGCAUGGCAGGGUGGUACCACCGCUUUGUACCAGGCUUCUCCAAGGUGGCAGAACCUCUCAAUGCCCUAAAAAGAAAGGGAGCAAGGUUUACGUGGAAUGAGGUAUGCCAACAGGCAUUCGAUGCCCUGAAAAAUUUCCUAACUACUCCACCAGUUCUGGGUCAUCCAAACUUUCACUUUCACUUUGUAGUCUAUACUGAUGCCAGUGAUACCGGCCUAGGGGCAGUCCUCACCCAGCAGACCGGAGUGGGCACUGAGGAAGUGUUGUCUUAUGCUUCUCGAAUACUUAACAGUGCUGAAAGAAACUACACCACUACAGAGCGUGAGCGCUUAGAUGUUGUGUGGGCUUUGGAGAAGUGGCAGUACUACCUGGAUACCAAGUUGUUCACUGUUGUCACCGAUCAUGCAGCUCUGAAAUGGGUUCUCUCCUCCAAUAAAACGAAUAGUCGAUUGAUCCGCUGGGCUUUGCCACUACAGAAAUUCAACUUCUUUCUGGAAUAUCGAAAAGGAAAACUCAACACGGUUCCCGAUGCCUUAUCCCGCACUUCUGAAACCAUUGAGUGUUCUCCCAUUUGUAACACCUUUCAGGCUUCUUCUCCUGCCAAAAAUGGGUAA